AUACAAACUUCCGUCCAAAUUGCGAAAAAGGUGGGUCGUUAGUUGAAGAUUUCUUCAAUGUUAUUUUCACUGAGUUUCAACAUAUUCCUCCUAUCUGCGUAUGUGUUCAAAUGUGUUCAGACCAGCCGACUUAUUGCUAUCCAGAUGGAUGCUUUAAGACAUCUGUCAUGAAGAAAAAAACUGAGAGCCCCGUCUCUAGGAUUGAUAAUAAAGCUCAUGGAAUGUUUUUAGUGGAUCAAAAUAAAGAUUUGUUUGAGAUGUUACAGGGCCAUAUGCUGAAAGACGAACGAUCAGUGACGACCGAGAGGCCACUAAAUGAAUUCACAAUGCGUCCGAAUCCAUUUACUGAGUUAGUCUUCAAGCAAAAGAUGCUGCCCAAAUUGAAAAUGCGGUAUAAUUUACGAGAACAAGUCAAGAAUACUAAACCGAGGAAAUUGAAGAGAGACAGUGUGAAACUUUCGAAAACACGAUGGCCGUUAAACAAACAGAUUUUAAACAUUAAACACCCUCUCAACCAAAUAAUACAUAAGGGAGAUGAUGACAAAAAACAAAUAAACUUUGAACCGGCGAUACGUCAAGAAGCGACAAAUUAUACUCCCAAAUACUUCAAAAAGUAUUUGGCUAAGCGGGAAAAUGGGGACGUUAACGUGGAGGCAUUAUAUUUGUAUGAAACAGAUUCCGCAAAUUUUUCUUUGGAAGCUUUAAUUGACAAUAUGAUUGAGGGCAGUUUACUUGAAAACACAAACAAUGUUAAGCUCAAUUUGAAUAUAAAUAUGAAUAAUUCAGAUGAAUUGUCGGAAACGCGUAAGUUCCCGCGAAAUUUCACAGAUUUUUCUAGUGACAAAAUUGAUUUAGAAGUUAUAUCACUAAAUUCAAGUGGACUUGAAUCUGUUAAGUAUAUAGAGCCAUUAGAAAAGGAUGAGAAGAAAAAUAUAACGAAGAUGAUAGAAACAAUGUCAAAUGAAAUUGAUAAACAGAAUAAUAUUAGUGUUGAAAUAGUCAAAAAGAUAACUGGUACUAUAUUGGACUCAGUCGAAAUGCCAAAUAAAACCAACAAUGAUGUGUAUCCAAAUACGACUUCCGAACUUAAAAGAGUUGAUAGAGCCAUUUUGGAUUCAAUAUCCGAGAGAAAUGUCCCUAUGCUCCGGAAUACGAUGAAGAAAAGUAAACAACGAGUUGUACGAACAUUAAGAAAAGGGAAAGCACAUUAAUAUUAAAUAAGGAAAUGCUUAUUUUAUGAAUGUCUAAAAGAUAAAUUUCAUUUAAUUUAAGUUGUAC